AGUGCAGCUUGGGGGGCUUCCCCCCCUCUCUCUCGCUCUCCCUCAUCCGAUGCAUGCGUUUGAUCCCGAUGAGUGUCGGCUGCGUGGGGGGCUCUGUCUGUUCAGUGCCCCCCAGUGCUCUGGAGCCUGGGCGGGUUGAAGAGGAGGAGGAGGAGGAGGAAGAAGAGAGGAAGCUAAAGGGGGGAGCCCAUUUUCUUCCUUGCAGACGGAUCGCUGGCUGGAUUGCAAUUUGCAAAGGGAGCAUGAUUGUUGGUAUAGGAAGUGUCUGCUUUUUUUUUAAAAGCCGGGUUAUUCAAAAAACCCCUUUGGUGCAAUUCUCCGAACAACACCUUGCGCGCCACAUCUGUGCUCUGCUAGCUGUGGAGAUGGACAGAUGUCAGGGGAAGCACCGGCAGUUCGUACCGAGGAUGGCGGAGCCUCGCUUUAACAACCCCUACUUCUGGCCGCCCCCUCCCACCAUGCCCAGCCAGCUGGACAACUUGGUUCUGAUCAAUAAAAUCAAGGAGCAGCUGAUGGCAGAGAAGAUCCGGCCCCCUCACCUGCCCCCCACCUCGGUGUCCUCCCAGCAGCCCCUGCUGGUGCCCCCCUCGCCUGCGGAGAGCAGCCAGUCCAUCAUGUCCCUCCCCAAAUUGCAGCAGGUCCCCGGGCUGCAUCCGCAGGCCGUGCCCCAGCCCGACGUGGCCCUGCAUGCCCGGCCGGCCACCAGCACGGUGACAGGUUUGGGGCUGAGCUCCCGAGCCCCGGUGGUCAGCACCUCGGAGUCCAGCACUGGCACCAGCACCCCCUCCACGCCCACCUCCACCAGCCAGAGCAGACUCAUCGCCUCCUCGCCCACCCUCAUCUCAGGGAUCACCAGCCCCCCUCUCCUGGACUCCAUCAAGACAAUCCAGGGGCACAGCCUGCUGGGGGCGCCCAAGGCAGAGCGGGGGCGGAAGAAGAUCAAGGCCGAGAACCCGUCGGGGCCACCCGUCCUGGUGGUGCCCUACCCCAUCCUGGCCUCGGGAGAGACCGCCAAGGAGGGCAAAACCUACAGGUGUAAAGUCUGCCCCCUGACCUUCUUCACCAAGUCGGAGAUGCAGAUCCACUCCAAGUCGCACACAGAGGCCAAACCCCACAAGUGCCCGCACUGCUCCAAAUCCUUCGCCAACGCCUCCUACCUGGCCCAGCACCUGCGCAUCCACCUGGGCGUGAAGCCGUAUCACUGCUCCUACUGCGAGAAAUCCUUCCGCCAGCUCUCCCACCUCCAGCAGCACACCAGAAUUCACACUGGCGACAGACCCUACAAGUGCCCGCAUCCUGGCUGUGAAAAGGCCUUCACGCAGCUCUCCAACCUCCAGGUCAGCCCAGCACUCGCCUCAAAGGACGGAGUCACCCGGCAUCCCGGUGCGGAUCUCGCUCAUCUAAACCGGGGUUCCCUCGCCCCCCACCUUGUGCAGCUCCCCCAUUCCGGCCUGCCCGGGGCCAGAGGGCGGCUUGGAGAUGAUCACACGGAGUAUUUGAUGAAGCACAUGUCCAAACACACCGUGGUGGAACACCUGGUGAGCCAGCACUCGCCUCAAAGGACGGAGUCACCCGGCAUCCCGGUGCGGAUCUCGCUCAUCUAAACCGGGGUUCCCUCGCCCCCCACCUUGUGCAGCUCCCCCAUUCCGGCCUGCCCGGGGCCAGAGGGCGGCUUGGAGAUGAUCACACGGACCACCCCCCAGCACCGCUACCGAGCGCCCUGCCCGCCGGGCCAGGGGGAGCGACCGAGAAGACCCGCGUCUCUUAGGAGAAAUGAAUGACUGAAUUCAUGUCUGGAGAACGCCCCUCGGCCCUGGCCCCGCACCCUGAACCCUGCCAGGAGAGCCAGGGACUCGCCCACAGGUUUGGUGACAUCCAAAGACAAUUUCAGAGCACUUUGAAUCUCUGUGUUUGGUUUCUUCAUUUUCUUUCUUUUUGUUUUGUUUUGUUCCUUUCUUUCUGCCCUCGCCCCCGUCCUCCCCGCUCCCCUCUGGAUAUGCGCAGAGAUAGAUCUGUAUUGGCCGAGACGUUGGUGCUGCUAAAACUGAACCCCCGCCCUGGACAGAGAAGCGCUGGCGGGGGUGGCAGGCAGGAUCCCGGGCCUGGCGCUCCGGCUCCUCCGCUCUCAGGACGAGACUCUGGGAUGUGCCCAGCCUGGUGCUUAGUACCUGCUGCCCCUCCCGGACUCUCUCUUGGGAGCCCCUGGGAGGCCCCGGAGGGGGCUGGCUUCGCUCGCCGGCUGGGGUGAGAUCUGCAGGCGCUGGCGAGGGGUCGGGUGCUGGAGCCACGGCCCCAGGAGGAGGGCCCGGUUCCGCAGACGCCCUGCUCCGCCCUUGGUCUGAUUUUGGUGGUUUCCUUUGGUCUGUUGAAUUGGUUCUGGUUCGAGCUGUGGGGGGCGCUGGCUGCACGUUGCCCCUGCGGCGCGGGGCGUCCCGGCUGCAGGGAAGCGGUGGCUUCGGGAGCCCACGCCCGCCUCCCACAGGGCCACCCCUGUGCCGAAGGGCAGCCCACAGGUCCCAGCGUGCCACGUUCCCCUUGGGGCUAAGCAGGGUCCCCCAGAUGGUGCCAGCGCACUGUCUGCUGGGAGCAUCGUGGGGGGGUAGCGAGUUGGCAGGUGGUGGCCAGCUCUGGUAUCCGCCUCGCUGGGGGCUGCCCUUUCCAGCCCCUGACUCUGCUAGGCCAGGUGUGGCACGUGGCAGGGAGGGGCACUUGGGCCCUGGGCUGAAGGGGUGUGGGGCUCACAGCAGGAGCUCUGAGGGGGGCGUGUGAGGGGUGCCCUCCACAGGCUAAGCAGGGGCUCCACAGCAGCCCAGGCUACCAGGGCUUCCAGAGCAGCAGCCGCCCGGGCCAGGGGCCCUGGGAUCUCCUCUCCCCCUCACUUCCUGGAGCCCGGUUGCCUGGAUUGGGCCCCCGGCAGAGUGUUGCUGGCCUGGUGCCCACCGGGACAUCUGCUGGCUGGCGUGGGCCCCGCGAGCUCUGCGUACGCUGGCCUGGGACUGGCCCCGGUGCCCUGUGCGCCACUCAGUUCUGCAUGGGGCUGGCGCUCGGCCAGGGCCGGGCUUUGGGCUGUACGCGGGCCGGCGGGAGUUGCGGGCCAGGUGGCUCGCAGGCGGGGCUGGGCUGAGCAGCCGUGACGGAGGCGGGGGGUGUCGACGGGCGGGGGGGGGCGGGGGCAGCCUGCCUUGCCCUGUUGCUGGCGCUGGGGCUGAGCCCUGACUUUAGCGCUGCGUGGACCUGUUGGAUUCUGCUGCCGGAGGUCAGUGGAGUAGGAGCAAGCUGAGCCCCGCGGCUCCUGGCUAGAGGUGCCAGAGCAGCUCCCUCCCCAGCAAGGGGGCAGGAAAGCCAGCGUGCCCUGGGGCAGUGCCCGUGGAGUUGGCUCUCCGUCCUGGGACUGCGUGGCGGGUCAGGUGGGUGAUGGGACAAACACUGAGCGGUCUGCGUUCCCGGAACGGCAUUUCUCCCCCUUGCCCUCGGAGCAGCUGCACCCCCGGAAACCAGCCCCAACAGUGCAGUCCCACAGCAGGGCCGUGGAGCAAGCUUGGGGGAGAAAUCUGGCAACACAAGGCCCCGCCCUUCCCUGGGUCACCCCAUUGUGUCCAGGAGAGGUAUGGUUCUCGCUGCUCCACCUGUGAUCCCCUCAGGACAGCUGGCACCCCAGCUUCCUCUCUGGCCUUGGGGGGCUGCAGAGCCUGCUGCCAGGGCAGAUGGGCCGGAGCGUGACUCCCCCGGCGAGGGGGCUGUGCAUCUGCUCCCCCGGCCCUGCCCUGCUGCGCCGCCUGUUCCACGCACGGAGACGCAAAGAGCAGAAGGGACUCUUCCAGAUGUGGCAACGCCUGCAGGGCAGCAGGUUUGGAGGGGCCUGAGCCAGCCAGAGCGACGGCGGCGGCAGCAGGAACCAACCCACCAGGGCAGUAUCCUUCGGGCAGGAGCUCCGCUACUCUGGCAGGGCCGUGGGAGGGUCUCGGUGGGAGCUGGUGCGGCUGGCUGCUCACUCCCCAAUCCAGCAGGAGGCGCUGUGCAUUGUCCAAGAAAACACCCUCCCCAGCAGGAGUCGUCCUGCCAGACCAAAUCCCCCAACCAAGAGAGCUUGAUGCUAGCAGAACGGACCCCUCCCCUCCCCACCAGCAAUUCAGAGAUCCCUUCCCAUGGGGUGAAACCAGCCCAGUAUGGGAUUGAAAAAGCAGCAAGCAGAUGGGCCCCUCUUGGGAAAGCCACGCCCAUGCCGGAGUGUGUGUGCAGAUACAUGGGGUUAUAGAUAUAGAUAGAUAUAUAUGUGUGUGUGUUUGUGUGGGUAUAUAUAUAUCUAUAGAUAUAGAUAGCACCUAUGUAUAAAGGCCCGCUCCUGAAUGCCCGGCACCCCCAGCUCUCCAAAAAAGACUAGACAAAACCGCAUAUAUAUUAUGUACUCUUUGGUUCCGUUUUGGAUAUUAACUGUGUUAUUUUUAUACACUUUUUAAGCCUUAACUAUAUCAUUGUUUUACCAGGUUGUUUGUUUAUUGCCUAUUCUGUUUAUUAAUUUGAUUCUCUUUUUAACCUGCCCCCUGCCCGGACCUUUGUUUCUGAAUCGAUGUUGUACGAUAUUCAAUAUUGUAACCUUUUUGUCAGCAUGUUAAUACUGUGUAAAUAUGCCUCUUAUACAUACUGUUAACACAUCUUUUUUUCAUUUUUUUCUAUAUGAAAACCCAGGCCACGUGUCUCUAGAUCUAGUUAUUACCUUAUUGGAAAAGAAAAAAAAAAAAGGACUCUCCCUCCCCCUUCUCUCUGUCUUGCAUUGUGGUUAACGGAAAGACAUGAAGAGGCUGCGGCUUCCGCAUCGAAAGUUUGCAUUAUGUUUAAAAGGAAAAAAAAAAAAGUUUUAAAAAAAUUCAGAACAAUUUUGCUCUUUGUAUUUCUGUUGUGAAAACAAAUAAACUGUCCAUGCAAACUUCUCAA